UGGGGCAGGGUUGUUCCCAAGGUUCCAGGAGCAUCUGUCCCCAUAGGUCUCUGAGCGGAUCUCUGAGGCCUGCGGGCUCUGACACCCUCAGAUCUGGCUCCACCCUCUGCUGGCCCUUGGCUCAGCCCAGCUCGGUUCCAGCUCGAGGAUGCCCAGCUCCCAUCUGUGACCCGCGUCCUUCGCCGGGCCCCUCCUUUUCCCACUAAAGCAAGCGUCCUGGGGCGUUUGUCUCGUCUCGGUGGCUGCUGAGCCCCAGCGUUCCUUAGCAGGAGCCGGGUAGGGAAGCCUCUGGGGAUCGUACCGCGACCCUAGCGCACCCGGGUGGUGCCUCUGUGCGCGCGGGGCAGCUGCGGGCGACGGGGACGCGCAGAGGAGACGCGGCUGGGGGACCGCCUGGAAGGGCAGCGGCGAGGGGCGCGGCGACGCCGGAAGCUGGGGCAGGGGGCCCCGGGCGCGAUGUGGUGAAAGAAGAGCGACCAGGAGGUGGCGAUGAGUGCCUCUGCGGCCACGGGGGUUUUUGUGCUGUCCCUCUCAGCCAUCCCGGUCACCUACAUCUUCAACCACCUGGCGGCCCAGCACGAUUCCUGGACCAUUGUUGGGGUUGCUGCCCUCAUCCUGCUCCUGGUGGCCCUUUUGGCUCGGGUCCUUGUCAGAAGAAAACCACCGAGGGACCCUCUAUUCUACGUGUAUGCGGUGUUUGGAUUUACCAGCGUGGUGAACCUCAUCAUCGGCUUGGAGCAAGAUGGCAUCAUUGAUGGGUUUAUGACACACUACUUGAGAGAGGGUGAACCAUAUCUGAACACGGCCUAUGGGCACAUGAUCUGCUACUGGGAUGGCUCUGUUCACUACCUGAUGUACCUGGUGAUGGUGGCCGCCAUAGCCUGGGAGGAAAGCUACAGAACCAUUGGCCUAUACUGGGUCGGAUCCAUUAUAAUGAGCAUUGUGGUUUUUGUGCCUGGAAACAUCGUAGGAAAGUAUGGGACACGGAUUUGCCCUGCAUUUUUCUUAAGCAUACCGUACACGUGUCUUCCAGUCUGGGCUGGCUUCAGAAUCUAUAAUCAGCCAUCAGAAAACUAUAACUAUCCCUCAAAGGUUCUUCAAGAAGUCCAAGCAAAGGCCCUGCUGAGGAGACCACUUGACUUAAUGUUGGCUGUGUGCCUUUUCUUGGCAACUGGAUUCUGCCUGUUCAGAGGCUUGAUUGCUUUGGAUUGCCCAGCUGAGCUCUGCCGACUCUACACACAGUUUCAAGAGCCCUACCUAAAGGACCCUGCUGCUUAUCCUAAGAUUCAGAUGCUGGCAUACAUGUUCUAUUCUGUCCCUUACUUUGUGAUUGCACUUUAUGGCUUAGUGGUCCCUGGAUGCUCAUGGAUGCCUGAUAUAACGCUGGUCCAUGCUGGAGGUCUAGCUCAGGCAUUCUGGUACCUUGGUAAUGGAAGCAGGCUCAGUUUUCUCACAUUGGUGCCUCCCUUCAUGCUAGAACUGCUUAUGUCUACAGAGUCCCCGAAGAAGCAAAAAUCUUUUUUGUAGCAGUAAACAUAGCAUAUGGAGUUCUUCCUCAGCUCUUGGCCUACCGCUGUACCUACAAUCCUGAGUUCUUCCUAAGAACCAAGGCAGAUGAAAAGCUGGAAUAAACAUACCUCACACUCUCUCUGACCUGUAAUGGGACUGGCGCUCCCCUUUAUCCCCUUCCACACAGGAAUAUUCACUCCCAAGAACACACUUGCUCUGCAGCAUACGUGAGUGAAACUAAUGGUAUGGGAUGGGUAUAUUCUCAGUUUUGAAAGAAAAUUAAAGUUGAGAAACAGCUUGUUUAAGGAAAUAUAUCAACAUUUGUCUGUGAAUGUGACCAUUAUUUGCACAUGUGUGAAAAUUACAAUUCUAGUGCCCACAAAAAGCAUAAAAAUGAAACUAUUCAGAAGUAACUAACCAUAUUCACUAUGCAUAAGAAAUAAUUUAAAAUAGCAAUUUCAGGUUGGAGAAAUAACUUCAUAUGAAAUGUAUGAAUUGUUGACAAUCUUAAUAUAAAUGCCAGAUCAUCACAACAUUUUUGAAUUGAUUCAAGUGUUUUCACAAGGGAAGCGUAUUAUUUAUUGCUGUUUUAAAAAUUGCUGUCAAAACUUCUAUUGUGAAUUUGAAUAGCUAAGAUGACACAAAUCAACUUUAUUUAGUUGCCUUAAUGAACAUUUGUUUUAUUGAUGGCUGGCUGAUAAUAUUUCUCUUGUGUUUCUGUGUAUAUUUUCAAUAAAAUUAUUUUUGGUGUUUAUGAA